AUGGGGCCCCUGGAAGCAGUAGGUGAGGAAAACCAGACAGAUGAAAUGAAAAUGGAGCUGUUCACUAAGUUGUACUUGACAAGAUACACCACACCACUGAACGAAUUGGCUUUGGACCCUAAACCAGAACUAAAGGACAGCACAACACUUGUUGAAGUACAAAUAAUUCUCAUCUUUGCUUACUGCUCCAUCAUCCUGCUGGGAGUGAUUGGAAACUCCCUUGUGAUCCAUGUGAUCAUCAAAUUCAAAAGCAUGCGCACAGUGACUAACUUCUUCAUUGCCAACCUGGCAGUGGCUGACCUGCUGGUGAACACGCUGUGCCUGCCCUUCACUUUGGUUUAUACACUCUUGGGUGAAUGGAAACUGGGCCCGGUCUUGUGCCACCUGGUGCCUUAUGCUCAGGCCCUUGCUGUCCAUGUAUCUACUGUCACUUUGACUGUGAUCGCUCUGGAUCGUCACCGCUGCAUCGUCUACCACUUGGAGAGCAAAAUUUCUAAGCGGAUCAGCUUUCUGAUUAUAGGAGUUGCCUGGGCAGUCAGUGCCCUGUUGGCAAGUCCUCUGGCCAUCUUCCGUGAGUACUCGUUGAUUGAGAUAAUUCCUGACUUCAAGAUUGUGGUUUGCUCUGAGAAGUGGCCAGGGGAGGGGCAGCUCAACUAUGGCACCAUCUACAGCAUCUCCAUGCUCCUGAUCCAAUAUGUGCUGCCUCUGGCAGUCAUCUCCUAUGCCUACAUCCGUAUUUGGACCAAGCUCAAGAACCAUGUUAGCCCUGGGGCAGGGAAUGAUCACUACCACCACCGGCGCCGGAAAACCACCAAGAUGCUGGUGUGUGUGGUUGUGGUGUUUGCUGUCAGCUGGCUGCCCUUUCACACUUUCCAGCUGGUCAGUGACAUUGACAGUCAGGUGUUAGACCUGAAAGAGUACAAACUGAUCUAUACAGUGUUCCAUGUCAUUGCCAUGUGCUCAACGUUUGCUAACCCCCUUCUCUAUGGCUGGAUGAAUAACAACUACAGGACAGCCUUCCUCACAGCCUUCCAGUGUGAACAGCGACUGGACUCCAUCCACCCUGAAGUAUCAGCAGCUUUCAAAGCCAGGAAGAAACUAGAAGCAAAGAGGAUUCAAUUCCCUGGGGACUCUUUCACACAACCUACUAAUGUCUAA